AUGACGUCUCGCAGUACAAAAAAGAGCGUACUUUUUGUAUGUUUAGGUUCUUAUUAUCCUGUGAGUAAUUCAUUGAAACACCUUUUAGGUAAUAUUUGUCGAUCGCCGAUUGCGGAAGCUAUUUUUCUCUAUGCCAUUGAAAAACGUGGAGUUAGAGAAGAGUUAGUUUUCCUUUUUCUAUUUGCCUAUUUUUUAAUAACAUUUCUUCUUAAUUUAGGAAAUUAGAAUGAGAAAACAACUUUUUAACAAUUUGUAUUGACUGGGUUAAGAUGGGACGUCGACAGCAGCGCCAUAAUCGGCUAUCAUACGGGAAAGUCUCCAGAAACGCGUACGAUGCAGACGCUGAGAAAGUUUGGAAUAAAGAACUACGAACAUCGAGCUCGUGUUGUAAGUUUCGUGCAAUUUCUCAUCCCAGUUUGAAUCUUUUUGCAGACGAGCACUGCUGAUUUCAAAAAGUUUGACUACAUUUUUGGUAUGGAUGACGAAAAUUUAAGGUUUUUCUCGAUUUCUAUUGAAACUUUAUCAGUUUUAGUGAUUUGAAAGACUUGGAGCGGAUGGCGGCUGCUGAAUCCAAGGCGAAGUUGGAUCUCCUCGGAAAUUUUGAUCCUGAAGGACACCGAGAAGUUCCAGAUCCUUACUAUCACAAUGGCACGGCCGUUUUCGACCAAGUUUUUUAA